AUGUCCUGUUUCCCUCUUUCUGGGCAGGUUGGCCUCAUCCAGCUUGGGCAGGAGCAGGUGCUAAUCCAGCCACUCAACAGCUCUCGGGGCCCACUCAGCGGACGAGAGCACCUGGUCAGGCGCAAAUGGUCCUUGACACCCAGCCCCUCCACCGAGGCCCCGAUACCUGGGCAGCUCUGCAAGGUUCUAACAGAAAAGAAGAAGCCAAGGAGGGGCAGGCCGUCCCAGGACUGGCGGGAGCGGAGGAACGCCAUCCAGCUCACCAGCGAGCACACAGUGGAGACCCUGGUGGUGGCCGAUGCCGACAUGGUGCAGUACCACGGGGCAGAGGCCGCCCAGAGGUUCAUCCUCACGGUCAUGAACAUGGUGUACAAUAUGUUUCAGCACCAGAGCCUUGGAAGUAAAGUGAACAUCCAAGUUACCAAGCUUGUCCUGCUACGACAACGGCCUGCCAAAUUGUCCAUCGGGCACCAUGGUGAGCGGUCCCUGGAGAGCUUCUGUCACUGGCAGAAUGAGGAAUAUGGAGGAGCCCGAUACCUCGGCAACAAUCAGGUUCCAGGAGGGAAGGACGAUACGCCCCCUGUGGAUGCUGCUGUGUUUGUGACCAGGACAGAUUUCUGCGUACACAAAGAUGAACCGUGUGACACCGUUGGAAUUGCUUACUUAGGAGGUGUGUGCAGUGCUAAGAGGAAAUGUGUCCUUGCCGAAGACAAUGGUCUCAAUUUGGCCUUUACCAUCGCUCAUGAGCUGGGCCACAACUUGGGAAUGAACCAUGAUGAUGACCACUCAUCCUGCGCUGGCAGAUCCCACAUCAUGUCAGGAGAGUGGGUAAAAGGCCGGAACCCCAGUGACCUCUCUUGGUCAUCCUGCAGCCGAGAUGACCUGGAAAACUUCCUCAAGUCGAAAGUCAGCACCUGUUUGCUGGUCACAGACCCCAGGAGCCAGCAUGCGGUGCGUCUCCCUCACAAGCUGCCAGGCAUGCACUACAGUGCCAACGAGCAAUGCCAGAUCCUGUUUGGCACCAAUGCCACCUUCUGCAGAAACAUGGAGCAGCAUCUGAUGUGCGCUGGACUGUGGUGCCUGGUGGAAGGAGAUACGUCCUGCAAGACCAAGCUGGACCCUCCCCUGGACGGCACUGAGUGUGGGGCAGACAAGUGGUGCCGUGCAGGGGAGUGCGUGAGCAAGACACCCAUCCCGGAGCACGUGGACGGAGACUGGAGCCCCUGGGGCGCGUGGAGCAUGUGCAGCCGGACGUGUGGGACGGGAGCCCGCUUCCGGCAGAGGAAAUGUGACAACCCCCCCCCUGGGCCUGGAGGCACGCACUGCCUGGGCGCCAGUGUGGAGCACGCCGUCUGCGAGAACCUUCCCUGCCCCAAGGGCCUGCCCAGCUUCCGGGACCAGCAGUGCCAGACGCAUGACCGGCUCAGCAGCAAGAAGAAGGGCCUGCUGACAGCAGUAGUGGUUGAUGAUAAACCAUGUGAACUCUACUGCUCACCCCUUGGGAAGGAGUCCCCGCUGCUGGUGGCCGACAGAGUCCUGGAUGGCACACCUUGCGGGCCCUAUGAGACCGACCUCUGUGUGCACGGCAAGUGCCAGAAAAUCGGCUGUGAUGGCAUCAUCGGGUCCGCGGCCAAGGAAGACCGGUGUGGGGUCUGCAGUGGUGACGGCAAGACCUGCCGCGUAGUGAAGGGCGACUUCAGCCACUCUCGGGGCACAGUCAAGAAUAAUCCUUGUACGAAGGUGUCCACGUGUGUGAUGGCAAAGGCUGUUCCCAAGUGUUUCUCAUGUUAUAUUGAAGCUGCUGUCAUUCCAGCUGGAGCUCGGAGGAUCCGCGUGGUGGAGGAUAAACCUGCCCACAGUUUUCUGGCCCUGAAAGACACCAGUAAGAGAUCCAUCAACAGCGACUGGAAGAUCGAGCUCCCCGGGGAGUACCAGAUCGCCGGCACCACUGUGCGCUACGUUAGAAGGGGCCUGUGGGAGAAAAUUUCUGCCAAGGGACCAACCAAAAUACCACUGCAUCUGAUGGUGUUGUUAUUUCAUGACCAAAAUUAUGGAAUCCAUUACGAGUACACCGUUCCUGUAAACUACACUGCCGAAAAUCAAAGCGAGCCGGAAAAACCCCAGGACUCUUUGUUCAUCUGGACCCACAGCGGCUGGGAAGGGUGCAGCGUGCAGUGCGGAGGAGGGGAACGCAGAACCAUUGUGUCCUGCACACGGAUUGUUAACAAGACCACAACUCUGGUGAAUGACAGUGACUGUCCUCAAGCAAGCCGUCCAGAGCCCCAGGUCCGAAGGUGCAACUCACACCCGUGCCAAUCACGGUGGGUGGCAGGCCCAUGGAGCCCCUGCUCAGCGACCUGUGAGAAGGGCAUCCAGCAUCGGGAGGUGACCUGCGUGUACCAGCUGCAGAACGGCACACAUGUCACCACGCGGCCCCUCUAUUGCCCGGGCCCCCGGCCAGCACCAGUGCAGAGCUGUGAAGGCCAGGACUGCCUGUCCAUCUGGGAGGCAUCUGAGUGGUCACAGUGCUCUGCCACCUGUGGUAAAGGGACCCAAAAGCGAACUGUGACGUGCACCAACUCGCAAGGAAAAUGCGACGCGUCCAUGAGGCCGAAAGCAGAGGAGGCGUGCGAGGACUACUCAGGCUGCUACGAGUGGAAAACCGGGGACUGGUCCAAGUGCUCCUCAACCUGUGGGAAGGGCCUCCAGUCCCGCGUAGUACAGUGCAUGCACAAGGUCACCGGCCGCCAUGGCAACGAGUGCCCCGCCCUCUCGAAGCCAGCAGCCUACAGACAGUGCCACCAGGAGGUCUGCAAUGACAAGAUCAACGUGAACACCAUCACCUCCCCUCGCCUCGCCGCUCUGACCUACAAAUGUACGCGGGACCAGUGGACAGUGUACUGCCGGGUCAUCCGAGAAAAGAACCUCUGUCAGGACAUGCGGUGGUACCAGCGCUGCUGCCAGACGUGCAGGGACUUCUAUGCGAACAAGAUGCGCCAGCCGCUGCCACCGCCACCAAGCUCAUGA